AUGGACUCAUCAACCGAACACUGCGUCUCUACGAUUCUCGCCCUCACAUCCCCUGAAGACGAGCUCUACCUCAGCUUGUGCCAACCUCAGCUCAUUGAUUCCGGGAGAAAGAGCUUCAAGCUGGAGAAAUCGUCUGGGAAGAUAUCGUAUGUGAUUUCUGCAAGAGAGCUUUCCGUAGCACGGAGGGAUGUACCCAUGUAUUGGACCUGGAAAUUUUUGCCCGAUUCAAGGUUUGUCACUUCACUGAUCAUCAUUUCUCAUUGGCUAAACACAAAAUAUUCUAAAAAGAACAUCGUUUUCCAUGUAGAUUUUGGGAAGUGGCGGAGCUCAGAACAACAGAUUGGCUGGAGAUCGAAGGCCAAAUGCCCACAGCAAUGCUAUCCCUCAAACACUCUUUAUGAAGCCUAUCUCAUCAUGAAAAUCUCUCACCGUGCAUACGGGCUAGAUGUGAUGCCAGCAUCGAUCGAGUUGAAAAGCCAGGCGGUGUUCAAAAGCACAGCCAUUCUGCAGCAAGGCCAUCAAGGAAGCAUAAAAAAGCAAGGAUCAGGGAUUGAAGGUGAAGAGAAAGUCCCGAUGGAACGGGAAGACGAGUGGAUGGAGGUUGAGCUUGGAGAGUUCUUCAACGGCGGAGGUGACGGGGAUCAUCACGAGGUGGUGAAGGUGAGCUUCAAGGAGGUGAAGGGAUAUCAACUGGAGGGAGGGCUUGUCAUUGAAGGCAUUGGAGUGAGGCCAAAAAGAAUUGCGCGAAGAGAUCAUCCAUCGUCGGGGUUCUUGCUCAUCGUAUACUAG